AAAAAUGGACGAUCACAGACCAUUCUUUGUAGAUUAUUAUAUCAAGGGUUCAGCUUUUGGCUCAUCAAAGCUAAAUGCCGCAAGACCUAUCUAGUUGCUGUGAAUUAUGCCAAGACGACAAUGGAGUGCUUUUUUAAUGGUACAAUGCAUUUCACCUACCAGAUAGGGGGAGUCCACGCUGAGAGAUGGGGAUGUCUUGUGAUGUUGGGUGAUCAGUAUCAAUGAAGGGGGUUAUUCUGAAAAGAGACAGAUUAAAAUAAAGCGCUCUUUGCUCGGGAUGUGCUGGAAGCAGUUGGGAGGGCUACCCGGAGCGGGCGGCCGCGGCAGCCCCGCGCCGCACUUUUCCCCCUCCGCACAAGAAAAUGAUCAAGUCAAUCAUGUGGACAUGCUUCAUUAUUCAUUGAACACAAUCUUUUACAACGCUCCGUUUACGUGCGGGAGUUUCUUCUACGCUUUGCUUUAAAUUUUAAGGUUUUAUUUUUCCAGUUGUGACCUUCAGUACCUGUCCUGUGUCUUUUAAGAAUUUCUUCAUCCAGGGAACAAAUUCAUUGUCUUAAGAAUAACUGCAAAGGGUCUACGAGAGCAUUGGUCACCCAUUGAUUGAAGAAUUGGGUCUCAGCACACUCCAGCCAGAUGGAGAAACCAAGGCAAAGAGGUUAAAGGAUCUCUCCUGAGCCCCAGAGUGUGUUGAUGUCUGUCCCCUCUCCCUAGACAUGUGCACAGACUACUAGACUUCUCUGCUCUGGCUGCAGGGAAGUGGGACGCCCCUUUGGCAAUCUGUCAGUGCCAACCUGAGCCGCAUCCUUUCGCUGGGUAUUUUCUAAGCUGGCUGACAGUCCUUAAAACAAGUAUGCAGUUAAGCUGCUAAGAGAUGGAGGAAGCUAGUUUGUGCCUUGGUGUUUCUUCAGCUGUGCCAGAAGCUGACGCCCAUCUCAACAGCACCAUACUCAAUGGGCAAUAUUCAAUGAGUCAGAAGCUGCACCAGAUCACUUCCCAGCUCAGUCAUGCCUUCCCAGAGCUCCAGAGCAGGCAGAAUCCCGAGGAGAAGGCGUCAGUGCCACUAGAAGACAAAAGUCACAUGUCCAUAGCAAACCAGCCCAUCAGCAGCCAGAUGGCCCUGCUGGCGAACCAGCUCAACAGAGAGGUGGACACCAGCUUGAACGGGCGUGUGGAUCUGCAGCAGUUCCUCAAUGGGCAGAACCUGGGGAUCAUGUCUCAGAUGAGCGACAUCGAGGAUGAUGCCAGGAAGAACAGGAAGUACCCCUGUCCCCUGUGCGGGAAACGCUUCCGCUUCAACAGCAUCCUCUCGCUGCACAUGAGAACCCACACCGGAGAGAAACCCUUCAAGUGCCCCUACUGUGACCACAGGGCAGCUCAGAAAGGCAACCUGAAGAUACACCUGCGUACUCACAAGCUUGGGAACCUUGGCAAAGGUCGUGGAAGGGUCCGAGAAGAGAACAGACUUUUGCAUGAGCUGGAGGAGAGAGCGAUUCUUCGGGACAAGCAGAUGAAGAGCAGCCUCCUGCAGCCACGGCCCGAUGUGAAAACACAGCAGCACACCCAGCCCAUGCCGCUCGCAAACUGCAACUUGUCUGUGCCACCUAAUCACAACACACCUGAUAUUUCAAACCCUGUUCCCUCUCCAAAGCCAGCCAGUGUCCAGGAAGAGGUUGUCGCUCAGACAGCCGGGUUCAGAUGCACGUUUUGCAAAGGCAAGUUUAAGAAGCGAGAAGAGCUGGACAGGCACAUAAGGAUCCUACACAAGCCUUACAAGUGCACCCUGUGUGACUUUGCUGCCUCGCAGGAGGAGGAGCUCAUCAGCCACGUGGAGAAGGCUCACAUAACUGCAGAGUCAGCACAGGGCCAGGGCUCCAACGGGAAUGGGGAGCAAUCCACCAAUGAGUUUCGCUGCGAGGUGUGUGGCCAAGUGUUUAGCCAAGCCUGGUUCCUCAAAGGCCACAUGAGAAAGCACAAGGAUUCCUUUGAACACUGCUGUCAGAUCUGCGGGAGGCGAUUCAAAGAGCCUUGGUUUCUUAAAAACCACAUGAAAGUUCACCUGAAUAAGUUAUCUGUAAAGAACAAAUCUCCUAAUGAUCCUGAAGUACCUGUCUCCAUCAGCAGCAUGUCCCAGGAAGCUCAUGCAAACUUGUAUUCAAGAUAUCUGUCAUGUUUGCAGAGUGGCUUUCUUCCCCCUGACAAGGCGAGGUUGAGCGAACAAAAUCAGAUCUACAACAAAGGAGACAUGCCCAUGAAAGAGAAGGAAGUCUUGGGCAAGCUCCUUUCCCCCAUUUCUGGCAUUGGCCACGGCAUUGCUGAGGGGGAUAAACAUUCCUUAUUGGGCUGUCUCAAUCUGGUGCCUCCUCUGAAAUCCAGCUGCAUAGAAAGGUUACAAGCUGCCGCCAAAGCAGCAGAGAUGGAUCCAGUAAACAGCUAUCAGGCCUGGCAGCUUAUGGCAAGGGGAAUGGCCAUGGAACAUGGCUUUUUGUCUAAAGAGCAGCAGAUACAGCGCAGCCACGAAGACACUUUGGCAAAUGCCGGAGUUAUGUUUGAUAAGGAGAAGCGGGAGUAUGUGUUAGUAGGAGCAGAUGGCUCUAAGCAGAAAAUGCCUGCUGAUUUGGUUCACAGCACUAAAAUGGGCAAUCAGAGAGACUUGCCAAGCAAACUAGACCCUUUAGAAGGCAGUAGAGAUUUUUUGUCACAUGGUAUGAACCAGGGACUCGAUUACAACUUACAAAGUCAUGGAAACAUAAAAGAAAAGCCAACUGAAUGCCCGGACUGCGGCAGGGUUUUUAGAACAUACCACCAAGUGGUCGUUCACUCCAGGGUCCACAAAAGAGACAGGAAAGGAGAAGAUGAAAUAAUUCAAGGUAGUCUCGAUGAGCGGCGUGGGUCUGGAAGUGAUCAAGAGUCUCAGUCUGUCAGCAGGUCGACAACACCAGGGUCCUCUAACAUUACUGAAGAAAGUGGAGUAGGUGGGGGUCUCUCGCAGACAGGGAGUGCUCAGGAGGACAGCCCUCAUCCUUCCUCACCCUCCUCUUCAGACAUUGGAGAAGAAGCUGGGAGAUCUGUAGGAGUCCAGCAGCCAGCUUUGCUGAGAGACAGGAGCCUUGGUUCUGCCAUGAAAGACUGCCCAUACUGUGGAAAAACUUUCAGAACAUCCCACCACUUAAAGGUCCACUUGAGAAUACACACAGGUGAGAAGCCUUACAAGUGUCCACAUUGUGACUAUGCUGGUACUCAGUCUGCAUCCCUCAAAUACCACCUGGAGCGGCACCAUCGGGAGCGGCAGAACGGAGCAGGGCCCCUCUCUGGGCAGAGUGCAAGCCAGGAGCACAAGGAGGAGACACCCAGUAAGAGUUCUGUGUUCAUCAGGCCAGACAUCCUGAGAGGAGCCUUCAAGGGACUUCCUGGCAUCGACUUCCGAAGUGGCAUGGUGUCGCAGCAGUGGACGUCAGGAAUGCUGUCCUCUGGAGAUCAGCAAGGACAAGCAGUUGGCAUGUCAUCUGAAGGGUCUUCAGAAAAUAUGAAGGGUUCAGACAUAUCUUCCAAAGGAACACACUUUUCUGAACUUGGCCGUGCUUACCAGAACAUGGUCGGGAAUGGUGUGAACUUCCAAGGGUCUUUGCAAGCUUUCAUGGACAGCUUUGUCCUAAGUUCUUUGAAGAAAGAAAAAGAAAUGAAGGAUAAAGCUCUCUCAGAUCAACUUUCAGCAAAAGCUCUGGGCUCAGACGGUGGUGAGGAGAAGAUAAAUAGCAAGUCCUCACAGCGGAAAUCAGAAAAGUCGCAGUACGAACCUCUGGACUUGUCGGUAAGGCCCGAUGCAGCCUCCCUGCCAGGCUCCUCUGUCACUGUGCAGGACAACAUUGCCUGGCAUGGCUGCUUAUUUUGUUCCUUUACAACUUCAUCCAUGGAGCUGAUGGCUCUGCACCUCCAAGCCAAUCACUUGGGCAAGGCCAAACGUAAAGACAACAUCAUAGGCAACAGCAAAGAGCAGUCUAGAGAGGUUUCGGCCUCGGUGAACAAAGUGAGCUUGCUCCCCUCCUCCAUGCAGUCCGGCAAGGAGGCAGGAGUUUCAAACAUGCUGAGCCAGCUGGACACAGCUUCUGAGAAAAUGACCCAAGGACAAAAUAAAGAGACCCUGGGAGAGCAAAAGACCACUGCCUGGCCCAGCCACAUGGAAUCCACUUUUUGUAAUUUUACAACAGACUUCUAUAAGCAGUUCGGUGUUUAUCCUGGUGUUAUUGGCACGGGAACACAAAAUUCUUGCACCAGUAAUGAAUCUGAAAUAAAAACACAAUCCGAAGAUGACCCAAAUAUUCUGCUCUCUGACUCUGUAAAUAAAAGUGCUAUUGAUGACCUUUCUGACAUAGCUUCAUCUGAGGAUAUGGAAUCUUCCAAGGAAGAAAACAUUGAAGAUGAGGACAUUGACACAGAACCAGAUAUUAUGAAUAAGCAGUUGUCUGCCCUAAAUAAAGAAAGCAGUGAAGGAGGUGACAAUAUACAAAGUGCAGUCACCUCACAACCCACACAAGGGCUCGUAUCACCACUGCCACAAGCUUCAGAAAAGCAGUGGCACAGUCAGAAUCUUCUCUCCUCACACGAAACUGCACAAGAAGUGAUGAAACCCGAACAAGUUCAGGGUCCGCAGGUCCUGGAGAAGCAGAUGAACAUGUUGUCAGUCCUAAGAGCUUACAGCUCUGAUGGCUUAGCAGCCUUUAAUGGACUUGCAAGUAGCACAGCAACUAGUGGAUGUAUCAAGAGACCUGACUUGUGUGAAAGUCACUGCACAUGUGGAAGCAGCCCUCAGUUUCCCUGUCAUGGAGAAUGAGAGAGACUGAUGAUGUACGCAUAAUUCAUUUAUGCUCCUAUCAUGCUUCAGGGAUGAAAGACACAAUUAGGAAAGAACCAUAAUUACUGCAUAAUAAAGAAAUUUUCAUGUCAAAAUGCUACUGAGAAAAAAAUAACGAAUUUUUGUAAUAUUUCUCCUUAUACAGCGGAAUGAACAGAAAGAAAAAAAGAGCAUAGAUAAUUUUAGAUUUACUCCUGAACUGUACUUGGUUUUGGAGUCUCAGGUGAUUCUACCUAGGAGUGGAUCUUGUUAAUGUUGCUGACACUCAAUUCCUAAGAAGAGGACAGGUCUUUCCUUGCUGACUGGCAGUAACUAGCCCAAUGGGGAGGGGAAACCCAAGGUCUAUGGCUUGGUAGCUGUCUUGAGCAUCUGUGUACUCUGCUUUCACAGCCCCUGCUGAUUUGACAAGUUAAGCUUGGAGUUUCUAGAUCUAUUUUGUAUUUAAAUUUUGAAAGAUCUGUUUUCCUUUCCAUUCAUGCUCUUCUCUUUUUCUGCUUGUCUUCCCACACACAUGUAGUUGCCUCACAGUAAUAUUCUACCUUCUGUUCCAAUACCUUAAUUUACUUGUGAUUUGUGCACAAGACCCUUUAUGACAAGACCCUAUCCCUUCUCUCUCUCCUCCCCUUUAAAUUUCUCUGCUUUGUGACCAAGAUGGUAGAAUUUCCCUACUUGCAUUUGGUACUAGGGAAGUACUGAGGCUUUCAAAGGAGAGCUGAUGGGCUACAGAGCUACUGGCCAGAUAUAGUCCUGGGCGUUAGCUGGCUGCUUAAUGGGUUAGUGCUAUUGAAUCCACACUUAAUGAUGUCCAAAAGUAUUAGUUCCAUCUUGUCUCUAAAUCUAAUUUGCUUCCAUUCAUGCUUGCUUUCCUCUUCAAUUAGUGCUGUUUUCUCCUGCACAGGCUCCACCCCAUUAUCACUUCUUUCACUGUAUGAAAACAGGGCAGGGCCCCUCUGAUACAUGGGAGCAGCUUUGGAGUUCUGGUCCUGCAAAGGGCUGAGCACUUUCAGUUUCCUUUGCAUCAGAAAGCUUUCAGCAUUGCACAGAAUUAUUAAAAUGUUCAGCAUUGUAACUUUCUGAAAUACCUUCCAAAUGUGGAACUGCAGCGCAGACAAGAGGGCUGGGCAAGGGGAAGAUCAAUUGUGGCAGAUUAUUACAGCUUUAUUGUCACAUAAUUAUAGUGCUCUACCCCAAUGUUUAACUAGUGAAUUUAGUUAUUGUAAAUUGCUUAUUGCCACAGGUGUCAAAACCAAAAAGAUCAUAAUGCUAACCCUGUCAGAACUACCACCAACACAUGAAACACGGAAAAAGAUUUUUAAUUAUUUGUGAUGGCUUUACCUGAAUCCUUAUUGCAGAACUUUUAAAUUACAAAAUUUGUAUUAAGAAGCAAAAGGCCUGAUAUAUCCAAGCUCUAGGACAGCUCUGAGGCAAUGGAAGGUCAUCCUACUGCAGCAAAUUGUAGCCCUGCCCAUUUACAAUACCAUGCAAUGCACUUAAGGAACGCUUUGUCCUGAUCUGCAGUUGGAGGAGUAACCAGAAUAUUCUUUUCCUUCAAGGCAGAAUGAAAUGAUAUGGAAGUUUUACAGCAGGCUUUUCUUUACCCCAUUAUCGUGCUUUUGAAGAGGUUUCUUAGUUUCAGUUAGGAGGUCCAAGGGCAGCUUUUAGAGUACAAACUCUUCCUCUGAGCAGGAGAUCAGCACCUCGGCCCCCGCCUGGGUUUCAGACACACUUCUGGAUGUCACAGUGCCAUUUGCAUGGCAAUAUCAAACCAAACUCAUAUGGCUUGCUUCCUUUUUUUAAUUAACUGGGAAUGCCAGUGAUCCAGUGAAGUUUGUGUUGCUGGAUAAAAGGGCUGGUCUGUGAAUAGCAUUGUAUUUGCCAAAUGGUUCGCUAGUCAUUUCAGUACAAACAAAUGGAUGGUGUCUGUAAGUCUGCAAACACUGUUGACAUUUAGCCUUGUUUAUGUUACUUUCCUUUUGCUGCAUAUUUUUGGCUAGAAGAGAUACUGUCUGAAUCAACAUUGACUUCCUAAGCAGAAGCUAAGGGCCCAGUCUUGCAUCCCUCAUUCCUGAUGAGUAGCACUACUUACAUGACUAAGGAUUGCAGAAUCAGGUCCUAUGUUUAUUUGACUUUAAAUUUCAUUGCUAUUUUCAUGUAAUUUAAUUUGAUUGUAUUUUGUUGUAUCAGAAAUUGGUCAGGUGACAAGUUCAGUAUCACCAUUUUGUUUACUGUUGAAAACUUUUAGUUCUUACCAUUCUUCAUGCUGUGGUGUGACAUUCCCAUUCCAUUUAUGUUUCUGGAAAUUAACCCCUAAAAUAUCUGAUACAGCUAAGUGCUGAGUACCUCCUAUUCCCAGAGAGACUGGAGGCAUUCAGUCCCUCCCAGCACCACAUCUGAAAGGGGGAUUGUGUUUGCAAAAGGAGGCCUUGGUAUGUGCCUUGAUUUCAGACAUCAGUGGCCAGCCGCACCAAGGCAAAUCCCUAGCACAGAAAGGCUUUUCUUUUCUUUGCAGAGACAAAAUAAUGAUGUAAGCUUAGAGCUGUAUGAUUUUUGCUCUAAGUUUCAUCUCCCAAACAAUAUAUUCUUAUUGUUUUUGUCAUAUCCAGGUCAAAUUUAAAUUAUAAUUUAGGAUUAGGCAGAGGCAUAGAGAUGUUUCCAGGUCUUUCCAAAGUGAGACAAUGCUCUGGUUUGUGUUUUGGUUGAGGAAUAUACAUUCUUGUGUCUGAGGUAUAGUAUUUCCUAUAACUAUUCAUAAACAUGAGCAAUUUAGACAUUCUUGUAAGUCAAAACUAAGUGUACGAUUAAUACCUAUUAUGAGGCCAAUUUUAAACAAUUAAUUUGACAGCAAUUAUAAUUUUAUGUUACAGGCUUUCAGGAAUGAAUAACCAAAUUCAUCUUUGUAAUCUAAGGAACCUAGGAUAUCUUUAUGCAGAGAUGAUCUUGUUAUGCACAGUAUUGCAUAUCUGGAAUUUCUGAGUUUUGCUCCCACCUAUCUAGAUGCCUGUAGUGCCAGGGAUAAAUAAUUACCUGAGGCUUAUUAAUUGUAUCAGCAAAGAAAAAAAUAUAUACCUUAAGUGUAAGCAUUAAUAUAUGUAUACACAAUACAUCCACAAUAUAUAACAAACCAUCAUAAUAGUACAAAAAUAGAGGUCCUGAAUAUGUUCUGUUAUUUAUGUGUUUGGCAAGCUUAGGGAAUGGACUUUAGUAUGAGUGAAAAUUCUCUUAACAUUUUUAAGGUUAUUUAUUGUCAUUUCUAUUUGAGUUUUUAAUGGUCCUGUAUUUUGUAAUGCUUUAGCAGGAAAAAAUACUGUAGUUAUCUUUUUUCAUAUUCUUUAAGCAAUAUUUCUAGCUUAAUAUAUUGUGCCAGGUUUUCCAAUAUUAACCAAGAAAGACAGUAAAAUUCAAUGAACAGCACUCUGACAUCCACAAUUUAAAACCUGUGAUUGAAGUGAAAUGUGUAAACUUCUAGUGGGUUAUCAUGUGCUUUGGAAUAGAGUAUUGUUGGAAGUAAUUAGAAAAUAUAUUAAGGUUUCCUGGUAAUGAAGGUAUGUAAGUUUUAAUAAUUGUUGCUUUCUGAAUAAGUGUCAAACUAUAUCUUUAAAUGUAUAUGGAGUUACAAGUUAGGUCACUUCUGAAUGGAAUGUAAAACAAUACUAAAAUGCUUCAAUAACUUAUCUCAGUGUUGCUAAUAAAAAAAAAAGCUGUUAACCA